CAUAAAAAGAAAAGAAAAGUUUAUUCUGAACUUCUAUAAAAGCACAUAACUGCACACUUCACUCCUACAUAUUCUUGGGCUUGCUCCCUUCUUUCUCUCCGCCUCUCUAGCUCAAACUUCUAGUACUUUUAAAGCUAUUGAUUCUUUUGAGAUGUCCGCUCAGAAAGGCAAUGGACGAGCCAACAAUGUUGGAUCGCAUGCUACUGUUCAUCAGAAGCCCGCGGCAGAGCUUCAGAAACAGAAGUCUUGCAAGAAAGAAGACAAUACCCCGAGGUGUACAAGAAGUUGCAAAUUCAGGUUGCCGAGAAAGAAAGAAUUAUCUCCACUCAAGUAUCUUAAACAUAUUGGUGGUAAGAUGUUCGCAGUGCUGCAAAUGAUGUCUCCUAGAAGAUGUUCUCCUAAAGUUACUUCCUCGGAAAGGGCAAAGCCCUCUGUUGCUCCAGUUGAUUCUCAUCGCGCUGAAGCUAUAGAUGAUUGCAUCGAGUUUAUUAACUCUUCUUCUUCAUUGCCAAGAUCAAAUUCCACUCUGCAGUAGAUGCUCAACGUUUCUCAUGAAGACCUUGGGCUAUAAUUUAGAUCCUAGAAAGUUGUGGCUUUAUCAAACAUAUUUGUUCCUCCUGUAAUUGCUAUUUGCUGAUGGCUUUCUUGAUGACUUUUUGUAAUUGAAACCAGGAGAACCUAAGAUUUUUUUUUUUUUAACAUUUCUAGGUAAAUUAGUAGACUGUAGAUUUGAAUGCUGCAAUAAUCAUUUGCUUAGUAAGCUGUCUUGCUAUGGGUACCUAUUUUGAGGCCAUGGCCUAAUAUAAACCAUGGUCCGCAGAGUGGUGGUUGAAUAUUAUUGUACAACGGUCAAAGAUAAAGUUCACAUAUAAACACUACUAUUAUGCUA